CUCACACUGGCAGCACUAGAGAUUACACUUAUCGAAGCAAUAUGCAUCUGCCAGCUGGCAUGCCUUUCGCCACGCGCUUCAACGAGAUAAAUUUCGAGAACCUCAUUGCAAAUGCGACACUAGGAUCCGUUCAAGCAAUCGCGCAGCUAGCAACCCUUGCGUCAGAUCAUGCUUGCCUCCCGACCCAAUAUGAGCGCAUGAUUAAAGUCGCUUACCUCUUGCUUGAUGCUAUGCGUAUUCCACACGGUGAAGAUCCAUCAGUCGAUGACGUAGAAGCUCAAUGUGCUGCCCUCACUUUUAUUGGCUCCACAUUUUUCAUCUGGAUAUCAGACGAUAAGAUGGCAAGUGGUCUCAUCGCAGACCUGCUGAGUCAUUGGGGCGAUAUUCGCCGCUGGAUCCUAUAUAUUUAUGACGAAUUCAUCCAAGCAGAGUCAUUUGUCAUCAACACCCGCCGGGACUGCAAGACCGCCGUCGUGACCUUUCUAGCGUUGACCCGCGAUAGGAUGUUGAGUGGUUGGUCGAAGAAGGUGGUCGCUGAUACCAAAAUAAUGCCCUUGAUAUUUGCCCUUUGGAACCUUGAAACCACGGAUGCUCGAUUCUCAUCUCACACGGGGCAAUUCAAUGCGUAUCGUGAAUCUGUUGUCCUCAACUCCUGCUUCCUAAUCUCGCACGAGACAAAAUCACCGAUUGACUGGGAUAAGGCUUUGCUUCCUUUCGACGGACGGCCAGACAUCGCGUCGAGAAUUGCGCUCAUGCAUUUGUCGCAAGAAAUGGCACGGCAGUACCUGGAUCCAGAGUGUAUAGCAUGGGACGUGCAUAUUGUUACAGCACUUUCAUUCCGCGAUGACAUGCGUGGGGCAUUAUUAAACCUAGGAGCCAUAGUAAAAAUCACGCAUGUUAUCCACCUCAUCGUCGGACGGUCUUUUGAUCGAGCACACCUCACAUAUGCUGCGAGGUGUAUCUCCAACGCAUCGCUGUUUCUGCGGAUCCGUAUGCAAGAAAAUGAUGGUAAUCCGUGGAUGUCUGAAGCCAUUCGGUCAGAUCUUAUCAAAGGAUUGCUCAAAUCCGAACGGUACAUACCGUUCAUGGACAACGACAAGGCUCGUGAUGCACUCUCCGACAUACUUCACAUGAUCAUCCCCGCAUACACUGUCUACCGCUCAUUGCUCCUGCCCAUAGCAAAAGCAGUGGAUGAAAUAAUAAACCUUGGACUAGACAAACAGCUGGAUAAACGUGGGAAAUUAUAUGAGGGCUGGGUAUGUCUGCAAGAAACGACCGAACGGCGAAAAUUACUCAACUACGAUGGUCCUGAAAAAGUUCAUGUACAGACGUGCCAUAACGAUAAUGUGUGUCGGAUCGUCUAUAUUUUUGGCGCUACGUUGACGCAUAAUCAGUGUCGGAAAACCGUGUCGACAGGUACGCUUAAGCGGUGUGGGGGAUGUCUCCACACGUAUUACUGUAGCAAAUCAUGUCAGCGAUAUGACUGGAGGAGAGGAAAACACAAGGCAUACUGUACCAGAGUUCAAGAACGUUCUGCUUGGUCUCGUGAGCGUCCUACUGUGCUCGUUCAAGAUCCGCAUUAGCUUAGCAUCAUCUUACAGUCGGAGAGAUGAACGGCAUAUCAAAUCGCGACCUCAAAUUCCUCGACUGCGUCAUAGAAGAUGAGCUGAAGAAACACAGAGCGCGUAUCGCUGGCCACGGGCUCAAACUCAACGUCAUAGAG